AUCCAGUUUUUGGUAGAAGAGCAGAGAAAGAAGAGGGUCGAUCUUCGUACGUUUCGUUCAUUCAUUCCCCCACUGGACAAACAAAACCAACAAGAAAUCUCACACCAACUCUUGCCCCCAUUCUAUAUAUCUGCAUAGUGCAUCCUUUGGUCGCGUUCUCGAUAUUUCCCACUCGCACGAAAACAGAAGCCCUAAUAGCUUAUUACGAAACCCAGAUACUACUCCAUUUUUCUUCGGAUUUUCUCCGCUGCUUGCUUUCGCUUUCCACAGUCUGAAACAUCCCUGUUUGGUUUUGCUUUGUGGAAAAAGCGCAUUGCUGUUGUGGUUGAGAAUAGACUGAGGCGGGUUUUGAAACGGUUAGGUUUUUAUUUUUGGCGUGAUUUCAUUGGCGGCGGAGCGGAGGCUAGGGUUAGUUCUCCAUCUCUCUCUCUCUCUCUCUCUGAGUGAGUACCUCUCUCUGAAAUUCCCUGUAUUUCGCGGAAGAAUUUUGCUCCAUUCGAACCCUUGGUCUUGGCGGUAAUAUAGACACUGGCAUGCAGAGGUUUUAGGGUUUCUAAUUUUUAGGCAUUUGCUUGGCCUUCGUACUAUAUAUUUCCGUUCAUUCGUUGGGGUUUCUGCUCCGUUUGAUGGGAGUGAACUCCUGUUUAAGAAUCCCGGAACUUAUUGUUCUUCCUUCAUUGUUGCAUUAGUUAUAUUUUUGCGAAUCGGCUCGUUUUUUCACCCCCGUAGAGAUGAGGGUCUUUUGAGCAGAUUCUUUAUCAUCUCCCAAUCCAUCUUUGAAAGAAGAUGGAGGCGAAGACACGCUUUUCUUGAAUUCCAUUAUCUAGCCAUUGCCUUUGCUCCCGUACUCUUGGUUUUCACAUGCGAAACUCCUGCUUCUUUUUAUUGAGAAAGAGAGACUAUAUCACUUGGGUUUGAUAAAGAACCUCUCAAGUUCACAAAACUACAGGUGAGUGAAGUUGGAUCGGUUACUUCCUUAAGUAGCGGUAAUUGUGAAGCAGGGCUGGUGGUUUGGUGGGGGAAGAAACUAGGGUUAGGGAUACAGCUCAGUGAUUUUGUUAAGAGGGCUGGUGGUUUUCUCCCUCUUGGUCAUUCCUCUGAAAGUUGUAUUAUCUUGAUUAACAUAUAGAGGGCAUACGCAGUUGUGAAAUUAUUGAAGAAUUAAUCAAUACAUAUAUUGGUUAGUGUUUUUGGAGAACUGACCGGCUUUAUUGGUGGAGAAGAUGAAGUACAGCAGUUUUGGGGAAAGAAAUUUUGGGUAACUUUUACAACUUUGUAAUUCCGUGCAGAACAAUUGUGGGGAAAGGGUGGAGCGGGUGAAGGUGAGAAGUAUUUUUUGAGUUUCUAUUUCUGAUCAUGUUCAGUGCUCCUUAUGGAAAGAAGUGAACCCACAUUAUUUCCAGAAUGGUUGAGAAGUGCUGGAAGUGUUGCUGGGGGUGGCAGUUCAGCCCCCAAUUCUGCCUCAAUUGCUUCUCACCCAGAUGGUACUUCAUUGGCUCCUCUCACAAGAAUUAGAACUUCUAAGGGGUCAAGUGAUUUUGAUGCCCCACGUUCUACUUUUCUGGAACGGGCAUCUCCAUCAAAUUCACGGAAGAGUUCUAGUAAUGGUUCUGCAAAGCAUGCAUACAGUAGUUUUAAUAGAAGUCACCGUGACAAGGACCGUGAAAAGGAAAAAGAGAGGCCAAGCUUGAGGGAUCAUUGGGACCAUGAUUCUCCUGAUGUUCUGGGAAGCAUCUUUCCCAGUAGGGUAGAGAAGGACAAGCUGUGGCGUUCUCAAUCGAUGGUAUCUAGGAAACAGGGCGAGCCACUGCCCCGGAGAGUUGCUGUAGACUCUAAAAACAGCAGCAGUAGCAAUCACAAUGGCAAUGGGGUGCUUCCUGGAAGUGGUGUUGGUAUUAGUAUGCAAAAGUCAGUGUUUGAGAAAGAUUUUCCCUCACUUGGAACAGAAGAAAGGCAAGGAGCACCUGAUAUAGGAAGAGUUUCAUCUCCUGGUCUGAGCUCAGCUGUUCAGAGCUUAGCUGUAGGUAGUACAGCUCUGAUUGGUGGGGAGGGAUGGACAUCAGCUCUUGCAGAGGUGCCAACCCUUAUUGGCAGCAGUAGUAGAGGAUCCUCGUCUGUUCAACAGACUGUUGCCACAACCUCAGGAUCUGUGGCUCCUAGUGUGAUGACUGGUCUUAAUAUGGCUGAAGCAUUGGCUCAGGCUCCACCACGAGUUAGUACUGCUCCUCAGGUCUCUGUCAAUACACAAAGACGGGAGGAACUGGCUAUAAAGCAGUCAAGGCAAUUAAUACCGGUCACACCUUCAAUGCCUAAAGCUUCGUCCCUCAAUUCCAAAACAGCGGUCAGAACAAUUGACGCAAAUGUUGCUGCUAAGAGUGGACAGCUUCAGUCCUCAUCUUCACAACUUGCUAAUCAAUCUCCUCGUGGUGGGCAUGUAAAGUCUGAUGCCGUAAAGACGUCUCAUGGGAAGUUUCUUGUCCUGAAGCCAACAUGGGAAAAUGGUGUUUCCCAUACUCUAAAGGAUGUUUCUAGUCCAAUAAACAACCCCACUGGCAAGGCAGAAGAUAGCCAGCUUCCUGUUACUUCAUCUGUUGCCCCUACUGCAUUGAGGAGUCCCCACAACCAUAGGAAUUCUUCUCUGGAACGCAAGGUAGCUGCACUGAAUCUGAAAUCUGGAGCUACAUUGGAAAGAAAACCAUCCUUGUCUCAAUCACAAAGCCGGAAUGAUUUCUUUAAUCUUCUAAAAAAGAAAACUUCAACGAAUAAUCCCACGGUUCUCCCAGAUUCGGGCCCUGUUAUUACAUCUCCCACCAUGGAGAAAUCUGAUGAAGUGAUGGGGGAAGUCGUCACUACCUCUGCAAGUCCUCAUGCUACUGAGAAUGGUGCUGAGAUGACUAGCAACGGUGAUACCUGUGUAGACGACUUUCAGAGGUGUUCUGCUGUUGGAGAGAAUGACAUGAGUUCCAGUGAAACAGUUUAUCCAGACGAGGAAGAGGCUGCUUUCCUUCGUUCCCUUGGCUGGGAGGAAAAUUCUGGUGAGGACGAAGGCCUCACAGAGGAGGAGAUUAAUGCUUUUUAUCAAGAGUGUAUGAAACGGAGGCCGUCCUUUAAAGUUUGCCGAGGCAUGCAGCCAAUUGUUUCCAAGCUGUCUGAAUCUCAUUUGACUAGUUUGGGUGGAGCAUCUGCUGAGUUGGGUCCACCUGACUCUGGAUCUCAAGCUUGAUUUCCUUCUCCUCCCUUGCCCACGAGAGCCAAGAACUUCCCAUUUUUUAUGGCAGAUAUGGUUUCUCUUUUUCUUUUCUUUGGUUUUAAAAGAAGGCCGAUGAGUGGUAUGAAAGAAGAGGUUGGGUUUUGGUUGGAAGUUUGCAUUUUGCAUAAUGCAAUAAGUCGAAGGUGCCCCAAUCCUGCCUCCUAAAACGGGGAAUUCUUUUUUGAUUAUUUUUUUUCAGGCUUCAAAGGUUGGCUGGGAUGGGAUAGGGUUAGGGGAUGUUUUGUCUGAAGUGGAAGAUGCUUUGGAAAAAGCAUCUUUUGGGGGGGUAUUUUGGUUUUUUUGUUUUUUUCAUCCUUUUAAUAGGGUUCGAUUCCACAAGAUAAAGCUUAUGUUGUUUUUGGUAAAUUUUACGGAAAAAAGGAAAUCAGAAAGUCUUCGUUUUUAUUUUAA